CAGCUCCUCCAGAGACAGAAACUGAGAAUCACACCUUAUAGCAUACCUAUUCAUAUUUUCAGCUGAAAAAACCAGCCAACCAACCAUGAUCAGCGCCAAGAGACUGGUUCAAUUGGCAAAGUGGCAGAGGAUGGCAGCCCUUGGAAGGAAGAGGAUCAUGGGAAAGGCCCAAGAAACUGAAGAAUGCUCCACUUCUGUAGCAGUCAAGGGCCACUGCGUCAUGUACACAGCUGAUGGGAGGCGGUUUGAGGUCCCAUUGGCGUACCUUGGCACAGUGGUCUUCAGUGAACUCCUGAGGAUGUCCCAGGAGGAGUUUGGCUUCACAAGCGACGGGAGAAUUGUGUUGCCUUGUGAUGCUGCAGAAAUGGAGUAUGCCAUGUGCUUGCUCAAGAGGAAUCCAUCGGUCGAGGUGGUGGAUGCAUUGCUCAGCUCUAUGCUGAUACGUUGCCACUGCACUGGUAGUAUGGUGCCAACUGUCGGAGUCAACCAGCAAAUUUCCUGCUUGUAGCUUCCUGAAGAAGAGCCAUAUGGCUUGCCCUGUAAUUGUAAAUUAUUAUGUAUUAUAUCUGGACCAAUUCAAAACAGUUAGAUGUAGCUAAUAGGAAGAGGAAAAUUGCACUGUAAAUCCUUUCGAUCUUGCAAGCAAUCAAGAAACACGCAGUCAGCAUAUGCAUCCA